AGGCAGAUCGAGAGCGGUGCCGAGAAAAAUUUCCUUACUAGAUGACAUUUCAUCGCAAUGUCCGAUCGUUUGGGGCAAAUAACCAAGAGCAAGGAUGGGAAGAGCAAGUAUUCGACUCUCAGCCUGUUUGAUAAGUAUAAAGGAAAAUCAGUAGACGCGAUUCGAUCCUCAGUUCUUCCUAGACAUGGCUUGCAGAGUCUUGGGAAAGUUGCUGCGGCCCGGCGCAUGCCACCGCCCGCAAACCUGCCAAGCUUGAAGUCUGAGAACAAAGGAAACGACCCCAACAUCGUGAUAGUACCCAAGGACGGGACGGGAUGGGCAAACAAGCAGGAUCAGCAAGACCCAAAGAGUUCCAGUGCGACAGCCUCUCAGCCGCUGGAGUCGCUGCCGCAGCCGGGUUUGCAGAAGUCUGUCUCCAAUUUGCAGAAACCGACACAGUCAAUCAUUCAGGAGAAUACAAAUUCAGUGCCAGGUGGACCAAAGUCAUGGGCACAGCUGAAUGGAAAGCCAGUAGGACACGAAGGUGGUUUAAGGGGCUCAAGCCGACUGUUAUCCUUCUCUCCCGAGGAAUUUCCGACGCUGAGAGCAGCUGGAGGGCAGGACAAGGCUGGCAAAGAAAAGGGCGUCUUAGAUCUGUCGUAUGGGCCAGGACCAAGCCUCCGCCCUCAGAAUGUGACGAGCUGGAGGGAGGGCGGUGGGCGAAACAUAAUUUCUGCCACGUCUCUGAGCGCCUCCCCAACUGAGCUGGGCAGCAGGAACCCGAAUACGGGAGAUGGAGCCCCCUCCUCGGCAUGUACCAGCGAUUCUAAGGACCCCUCUCUCCGCCCGGCUCAGCCUGUCCGAAAAGGGGCUUCACAGUUCAUGGGAAAUGUAUACCACCCACCUACAUACCAUGACAUGCUUCCUGCUUUUAUGUGUUCACCACAGUCAUCAGAGAACCAGGGUACAGUGGAAAGAGGAUCUUUCCCCGUUCCUCAGCUCCGCCUUGAGCCCCGUGUUCCUUUUAGACCGUUCCAGAUGAAUGACCAAGAUGGAAAAGAAAACAGGCUGGGAAUGACUCGCCCACUCCGCCCACUGCGGCAGCUGGUGGAACGGGCACCACGGCCCACCAUCAUCAACGCAGAGAACUUGAAGGGCCUCGAUGACCUGGACACCGACGCCGAUGACGGCUGGGCAG